UCACCUGAGAUACCAGUUACUCCUAAAAAUGAAGUAACUUUUCAGCACCUGUACCAUAUUGUGCAGAUGAAGCAGUAGGUGUCACUAAACAUCUUAAAAAUGGUUUCAGGCAGCAGAAUGAGCAUUGAGGGGCUCAAAGGGGAUAUUUUAUUUCAGAAGUGAAGAGGUGAAAUCUAACAGGAUUUGCUUAAUUCUAGAAAAUAACCGUUUCUGUGAAAGAAGAUGGGAAAACCUUCUGAAGCAGAGGAAUAGGAAAAGAGAAAACUUCAGAAUUAAGUAACACUGAGCAAUUGCAAAUCAGUUAAUUGGAAUGGAAUUUGUUUACAAUUUCCCUAUUGUUUCUUCUCUGCAGAAACCUCAGCCCCACUUCAUCAAGAUGCAAAGGAGUGUAUUACAUACUGCUUCUCAGCUGGCCCAUGGGAUAUGUUUGUUGUUUCCUCGCACUGGUGCCUUUCAUGGCUUAAAAGGACCAUCGGUGGCAUCUCAUGUUGGAUGCAAAGUGAAUUUGGCACUGGACCCUCCUAAACGAUGUCUUCAUGCAGGUGCAGCACUCUUUGCCUCAAAGAGCAGCGCUGUUUCAUCACAGCCAGCAGACACUCCUAGGAAAGCACCAGAAGAGAGAGAAGCUUUGACUUCAGCCACUGAAGUACCCAAGCAGAGCCCUGUAGAGUCAGAUGCUUCAGAUCCUGAUCCGUUACAAGACAAAUCAAUUAGCCUUGUUCAAAGAUUCAAGAAAACUUUUAAACAGUAUGGAAAAGUCAUGAUUCCCGUUCAUCUUGUGACUUCCACUGUGUGGUUUGGAACCUUUUACUAUGCAGCCAUGAAAGGAGUGAAUGUUGUUCCAUUCCUAGAGUUGAUUGGCUUACCAGACAGGAUAGUAGACAUCCUGAAAAAUUCCCAGAGUGGAAAUGCACUAACUGCAUACGCAUUGUAUAAAAUUGCAACUCCUGCCAGAUAUACUGUGACUCUGGGAGGAACAUCCUUCACUGUUAAAUAUCUGCGUAAGAAAGGCUACAUGUCCACACCACCACCAGUAAAGGAAUAUUUACAAGAUAGGAUGGAGGAAACAAAGGAUAAAAUCACAGAGAAAAUGGAGGAAACAAAGGAUAAAAUCACGGGGAAAAUGGAGGAAACAAAGGAUAAAAUCACGGAAAAGAUUCAAGAAACCAAAGAUAAAGUUUCGUUUAAAAAAAUAAAGGACUAAGAGAUGCUUAAUUUUUGGAGAUCUCUAACUUAGCACUUUAACCUUUUUUGAGGCAGGAGAUACAAAGUGCACUUCUGACCUUUCUUGAGUUUUUUUUGUUGUUUUGGUUUUUUUGUCUGCAGACUACAGCUUCACUGUGGAUAUAGAAUUAUGUAUAUUCUUGAAGGCUGAAGUUUCCUGGGAGAGAUAAAUUGUGACAAAAUUUCAAUUAACAGAAGCAAGAAUAAGUUUCACAUGAGAAGUUCACAUCCAGUGGUAAUAGUGUCAACAAUUACAUCUCAACCCUCCCCCCCCUUUUUUUCUUUUUUCAAAAUGAAGAUGAUUUCAUAUUAAAGCCACUACUUUACUCCUCCAUCUUAGUGCACAGCCAUUAUCCCAUCGGACUGAACCUUCCGAUAAGUGAGAAUGGAGAUGUCUCUACUGGGGAAGAACACUUAUUUUGUAUUUCUAAGUGUAAUCUCAGACCUCCUUAAUCGUGAUCAUCUCUCGACUUGGAGACAGACCAUUGUCACUGAUACUGCACAUGAAGAAAAGAACGGAUUAGUUACUCACUGUAAAUGAAUUCAUAACAGCUACAUGGACUUCAGCUGAUCUGUGACAGUUCACAGUUUGGGACGGCUACAAACCUUUCUUGGAAAGUGCAUCUUUUCAGAAAUCUCAACUGCAAACUAUAGGAAGAUGAGUUAAUCACAACAGCCAUACUGUCAACUAUACUGUCUUUUUCUAAAGUUGAUUUUCAGUAGAAAGUUAUUACAAUGAAUCAAUUAUUGUAUAUUAAAAACUUUUUAGUUUUUUUUUUAUUAUGUUGAAGUUUACAAAACUGUUCUAUUAUUUCAUGGUAGUCCUAUAGCAACAAAAAAAAGAAUUCAGAAGAGAGGUUUACUCAAAAAAUAGGUAUACUAAUGGAACUUUUUAAAUACAUGCAAAGUCAGAGUUAAAUCCCAAAGUUUCUUUUCCUAUCCAAGAAUCUCUUGGAUGUCUGUAGUACAGUUUAGCUUUCCUGAGACAGUGAUUGCAGUCUAGCAGAAAACUCUAUGUUUUCUUACAUCAAGCAAAUACUUGUUUGUACCCGAAAUGCUGAAAGGACUAAAGGUGAAACUGCUCUAUUUGACUAAACUGGCAAGCUUCUCUCUUAGUUCUACUCAAAUUUUAGGCUGAACUGAGUGGAUUUUUUUCCUGUUUCUGUAAUGGCCCUCACUUCCUAGUAAAUCUCUGCAUGUGCAUUUUGCUUAAAGAUGUUGGGGUUUUUUUGUGGGCUUGGUUUUUUUUGUUUGGUUGUUGGUUUUUUUGUUGUUUUUGUUUUUGCAGGGAGAUAGAUAAGUAAAGCAGCAGAGUUGGACCCUAAGUAUUGUAACUAAGAUAAAAGAAAAUAACUGAUAAAGUAUCAUUUCUACCCCACUCUUUUACUUUGUCAGUGAAGUCACCAAGAACCUGUCCAUUUUUAAGUCCGUUGAACUUCAUUAACUCAAUUGUGCAGGAUUGAUUGCAUACUUCUCUGCCUCUGUCCAUGUGUCAAAAUAGUAACUGCAAUCUAAUGCUUACCUCACAGGGCUGUUGUGAGGAAUAAUCAUUGUAUAUUCAGUGUCCUGAAGAUGUAAAGUGCCACAUUUCUGACAAUUACUAUUAAAAAGGAAUUCUCUCUAACUGCAA